CACAAGCAAAGAAGAUAAUGUCUGCAGGGACGUGCAAGCCGCUGUCUCUGCCUUGCCUCCAAUGCUGUGCCUUGUAUUGGCAACCCAUUUUGUAUGUUUGACACACAUUUUGGUUCCAGUGAAUUGCUUCAGUUGUGUGGAGUGCGUGAAAACCUGAAUGAGUGGGAGAAGGUUCCUCAACUGAUAACUGGCAGCUUACUGGCGCAUGCGCCGGUGGCACCGUCAUUGUCACAUACAGAGCAGCUCGUUGUGAUGCUCCGUUCGUCCGUCCCGUCGCGUCGGAGGAUGCGAUGGUCGUGUCGCAAAACUCCCGCGGCAAGAUGAUGACUGAAUGAAUCGAAUUGAUUCGAUUAAAUUAUUCGAAUCAAUCCGACUCGACUCCGAAUUCAAUCCCACGGAUUGAGUCUGAAUCAUUCCACGGUCUGGCCUUCUUCCGAUAGAUGUGUACGCACUUAGUUUCGUCCAAAUCAACCAAUCAAAGACGCUGCCACCAAGCAACGUGGUGCUUCAACCAAAGCCAUCCCCAGUCAUUUCUUGCAUCCAAACAUCGAACAAUCAGCAAUCACAAUUAGUUUGAGCACACCGCCCAUUAUUUGCUACCUUACUUCAUCCCUCCACCUCUUAUUGUUUACCAAUUUGCAGCUUGCUUUGUUCCACAAAAAUAAUUCACCAUGACUUCUGUGACAUACUCUUCUACUCGAGGCGGCCAAAAGAACUUGACCUUUCGCGAGGUGGUCAUGCAAGGAUUGGCCCAUGAUCGUGGUCUCUUUGUUCCGGAUUCGUUCCCUCAAGUUUCCUCGGAAGAAUUGGAAGCCUGGCGCAAACUCUCGUAUGCCGACUUGGCAGUCAAUGUGAUUGCUAAGUUUGUCCAUGACGACCAAGUUCCCCGCGACAAGUUGGAGGAUAUUGUCAAGCGUUCCUGUGCUGCCUUUCGCAGCGACGAAGUCACUCCCAUUGUACAUGCCGGUGGAAUUCCCGUGUUGGAGCUCUUCCAUGGCCCCACCUUUGCCUUCAAAGACGUCGCCCUGCAAAUGCUGGGAAACUUUUUUGAAUACUUUCUAGAAACCGGAUCCAACGGUGGACGAUUGGCAGUCUUGGGAGCUACAUCGGGAGAUACUGGAUCGGCGGCUAUUUACGGUCUGCGUGGCAAGAAGGGUAUUGAUUGCAUCAUCUUGUUCCCCAAUGGACGUGUCUCGCCCAUUCAGGAACGGCAAAUGACCACUGUAUUGGACAGCAAUAUUCACUGUGUGGCAGUGGAGGGCACCUUUGAUGAUUGUCAAGAUAUCGUCAAAGCCAGUUUCAAUACACCCGCCUUUCGAGAGAAGGUCCAUCUCGGUGCCGUCAAUUCCAUCAAUUGGUGCCGUGUAUUGGCACAAACCACCUACUAUUUCUGGAGUUAUCUCCGCAUCACCGACAAGCAUCCCGGUGCCGCUGUCAAUUUCUCCGUUCCCACGGGAAACUUUGGUGACGUGCUGGCGGGAUUUUACACAAAGCAAAUGGGCGUUCCCUUGGGAAAACUCAUCGUGGCCACCAAUGAAAAUGAUAUCCUCCACAGGUUCUUUACCAAGGGAGAAUACCACCGGGAACCCAUUGCCAAAUCCAUCUCGCCAUCCAUGGAUAUUUGUGUAUCGAGCAACUUUGAACGAUACUUGUUCCAUCUGGCAGGAAACCAACCCGAUAAACUUGCCGAUUGGAUGCAGGGAUUCGAGUCCACACGCAAGCUCGAUAUUUCGGGAGAUCUGCUCAAGCAGGCGCAAUCCGACUUUUUGUCCGCACGAGCGGAUACGGCCAUGACUUUGGAUGUCAUCAAGGAGUUUCAAGAAAAACACGACUAUUUGCUCUGCCCGCACAGUGCCGUGGGAGUCAGCGCCAUUCAGCAACUCGGAAUAGUCAAUGAGCAGACGGUUUCCCUGGCCACGGCACAUCCCGGAAAAUUUCCAGCUGCCGUCCAGAGAGCUGUGGAUCCAUUGCCACCACCACCGGAGCAACUUGCCAAGCUGGAGAGUAUGGACUGCCGCCGGUCAGAAUGCCCCAACGACUUGAAGGUUGUGCAAGCCUUUGUGGAAGAACGUGUCUUUGGGAACAAGCAGUAAAACGACAAUCAGUGCGGUGGCGUUUGGAAUGAAUCGUCAAUUAAUUGUACGAUUAGUAGACAACGCAACGAACGAACGAGGAGCCACUCAGAUUCACAAUCAUCAAAUCUAAGGACGAUGCAUCGGAAGGAAUGGAUAGCUACAUCUGCGCAACUAAUAAAAUUUGUUAAAGAAUUUCGUUGGCCACAGCGCUUGGAGGUUGAUGCAGACAAGCAUACUGAUUGUUUCUGUAUCGUUUUAGAACACACUAAGACAAGUCGAGGAGAACAUCCUUCUGGCUGUUCCCCAAGCAAACUAUCUGACAGGUACAACAUACAUCGUGGUGGUUCCUGGUCUAGCGGGGUGAGGUUGAAAAUUGCAAAAAGUUUUCUUGGGUUGGUUUCGCAAACUGACUACAGUACGCCGUAAAAUGAUUUGAACGUACCGGUACGGGUACUGUACCGGUAGGAGAGGUGUGACGGCUGAUGAAUUUUUUUGUUGAAUGGUGAUGAAUAGGGAGCAAAUGAUGAAUCAUUCAAUCUGUGGCAAAUGAUGAAUCAUUCAAUCUGUGACAA